AUGAAUCUGCAAGUUGCGCCAGAUCAAGUUAUGUGCAAGGCCUUCUCGCAAACGCUGACUAAUGCUGCUAGGGAUUGGUUCUCAACAUUGGAGCCCAACUCCAUAGCCUCUUUCUCAGAUUUGGCUGAUAAUUUCUCAGCCUUCUUUGCAAGUAGCAAGCGAAUCAGAAAGACUGCGGCCUCUCUCAUGCAACUUCGCCAGGGACCAAAUGAAACCCUGCGUGAAGCCUUCAAGGUAUCCUUAUCAAAGACCCCGCCACAAACAGUGAUCGAGCUCCUCACCCGAGCUGAAAAAUACAUUAAUAUGGAGAAAACGAUGGGUCCUUCCCAUGAAAAGGCCAAGAGCAAGAAGCAACAUGAUCCUAUUUCCCAACAAGAGCAUCCUCAGGAAAAGCGCACGAAUGAAGGGCCACCAGGGCCUCUCACCCAAUUGAACACCUCCAAGGCAAAUAUCUUAAUGGAGAUCAAAGAUAUGAAAGAGUUGAGGUGGCCUUCAAGAAUGAAGUCGCCCCUGGACACAAGAGAUAGGAACAAGUACUGUGAAUUUCACCGAGAUCAUGGGCAUACCAUUGAGGGUUGUCAAGCCUUGCAACGGGAAAUUGAAGCCCUCAUUAAAAGAUGGCUGUUAAGAAAUUAUAUUAGUCAUGAUAAAUGCUCGAGGAAUGACCGUGACAAUCGGAAAGAUCCUGGAGCCGGAAGCAGUGCUCCACCUACUGCCGGGACCAUUAAUAUUAUCAUUGGAGGCAUAGUAUCUGGAGAAGACACAAGUAGUGGGCGAAAGCAAUAUGCCAGCCAACAUGCUCAUACCUCAAAGGAAUCCCAUGAUAAACUCAAAGAUAUUACUUUUGGAGCAAGAGAUCUAGAAGGAGUAUCAUAUCCUCAUAACGAUGCCUUGGUCGUCUCUGCAAUUGUGGCUAACUUUUAA